UCUGUGCGGUCUAGUGGUCAGCUGUGUAGGUAAACAUGUCAACAUUAUUGCAUCGGAGGCAAGACUAAUCUCACAGAUUGCUUGCUGCAGGACUGAUUGACUCUUUUUUAAAAUCGCAUCCUUCCUUUGCGUUGCAAGGGUUUAUGGUGAGCAUGUUUGCAUCAGUUUACGAUGCGAGGGGUGAGGAUCAUUGCUUGAAAUGCGGUCCGCGGUGGUUCGACGAUGCGCACUUGCGGUGGUGUGAUGCUUCUUCAAUGCUAUGCUAUUGAUGUAGCUCGGACACUGGCUGCCUGACAUCCAAGUGGAUGGAAAUGACACCGCGCUAUUCUCAAAGCGACGGACGAGCUCGUCAGCUGAGUAAAUGGUUAUAACUCCGCGUUGAUGCCUUCAUGCGCAUAGCGGUGUGGUUUCAUCACUUUGCAGGGAUGUCAUUUACAAUGGAGGAUAAUUUUGAAUCGGGCUGGGUUGCAGUUCGCCCAAAUGCGUUCGAAGACAAGGAGAAGAACAAAUUUGUCUUCAUCGUAGCCUGGAACGAAGUGGAAGGCAAAUUUGCCAUAACGUGUCAUAACCGGACUGCGCAAAGGAGAAGCUUUGGCGCCAGUAGCAGAGACCCUCCGUCUGAGGAUGGAGACAAAACAAGAUGGGCCGGAAGUCCCGUCGGGGACAAAGUGUCCAGGAGCCCUGGCUUAGGAGCCAGGGAGGCUGCGGUAAAGGGCCUUAAAAGCAAGCACCCAGUUUCCAAAUUAAGCCCUGUCAGGAUUAAAACUGUGGUCAACUAUGUGUCAUCUCACGUCGGUUCUGAUACAGAGUCACAGAAAGAGGAGCAGCUGCCCCCUGUGGACUCUUUGGACCUGGAGGAUGUUCUGAACCGGGAAGACUGCAGCUGGGCAGGCCUCUUUUCCUUCCAGGACCUCCGGGCGGUCCAUCAACAACUGUGUUCUGUCAAUUCAGAACUGGAGGAUUGCCUCCCCGUCUUUCCAGAAGAACCAAGCGGGAUGUGGACGGUGCUGUUUGGACCGGCUGAGGUCUCCGAGACUGAGCUGGAUGGGCUGUGUUCCAAGUUGCAGCUCUACCUUGGCCAUGCGCUUGAUAUAUGCGGCUGGAAGAUCCUCUCGCAGGUUCUAUUCACAGAAAACGAUGACCCGGACGAGUAUUACGAGAGCCUGAGCGAGCUGAGGCAGUGUGGAUACGAGGAGGCGCUUCUCCAUGAAAGUAAACACCUGCAAGAACUUCUGGACAAACACAGAAGCAUGGAAAGCAUGGUUGACUUGUUGGCGCUUUAUGAGGAGGAGGACCAGGCUUAUGGAUGCUUGCUCGAGGCCUCCACGCAAUUGUACCAGUAUCUGCUGCAACCAUUUCGAGACAUGAGAGAGCUAGCCAUGCUGCGCAGACAACAGAUCAAGAUCUCUAUGGAGAAUGACUACCUGGGCCCGAGGCGUAUUUACGCUCUCCAGAAGGAGGACUCUGAUUGGCAGAGAAAAGCUCAAGAAGCUGUCCUUAUUAUCCAGGAUUUUACAGUAAAAUACUUUGAGACAACAGCAAGAGCACAGAAAGGAGUAUAUGAUCGUAUGAAGGUGGACCAGCGCAAGUUUGGUAAGGCCUCAUGGACAGCGGCGAUGGAGCGCAUGGAGAGAAUGCGCUACUCCGUCGCCAAGGAAACCCUGCAGCUCCAAAGAGCCCGGGAGAUAAGCCUGGAGCAGAGGAAGCACACCCUUCGAGAGGAGAUGGAAAGCCUGUGUAGUGGUGAGGACGCGAUGACCCUACUGGACCACAUGGAGUCACAGUACUAUGAGCUCCAGCUGCAACUGUAUGACAUCCAGGCUGAGAUCCUUCAGGGUGAGGAGCUACUUCUCACUGCUCAGCUUGACAGCAUUCGAAGACAGAUGACAGAGCACCAGAAUGAGGUGGUGUACUAUGACACGUUUGAAAGCGCUGAUGAUAUAACAGAGGAGGACACUGCUGAGAAGGAAGAACUGCAGAGGCUUCAGGUCAGCGCGCGGCAACUUGAAGCACGAAGGGGCCGCAUCACUGCCAAGCGCUCCUAUCUGAAGAGCAAGAGGGAGAUCUGCGUAUCGAACCACGUUAAGAAACAGCUGAUGCGCCAAAGCACCCAGAAUGAGUCCUUAUCUCCGCAGAUCUUACUGCCAAAAUACGAAGAAGAGGAAGAUGAGAGAAAAAAUAGCAGAGUCCGUCAAGAGAGACAGAAGACUCUUGAAAGACUUCGCACCUUCAAGCAGCGCUACCCGGGUCAGGUGAUCCUCAAGUCGGCGCGUUUGCGUGCGGCCCACAGCAGAAGGAGAGAGCGCGGCAGGAUCAUGCAAACGGCCGGCGAGGAUGGAAGGGAGGAGCGCUCCGCCCUUGCCGACGCACAAGGACCGUUGCGCCUCAGCAUCAGCGUGCAGACGGACCCCAGCUCGGCGCUCACCACCCAGCCUGUCACAGGCCUGGCAGCCCAUUCGCUUCCUCCUUUGCCCGUGCCCAGCCCCGCAGAUUCCUUCUGCUCUCCUUGCUCCCUGUCGUCACUGCUGGCGUCUCCGGCCUCACCUCCGCCUCCACCCCCUCCUCUGCCCGUCCUGCCAAUACGAGAACAGGUGUCCCCCUCUGAGAGCCUGAAGGCUGAGGCGCAGUCAGGGGAGCGCCCUCACUCCCCGCUUGGCCCUUUCCAUCCUCGCUUCUUUGACAGCAGCCAGCUGGUGAGCGCCCGCAAAAAGCUGAGGAAGACUCCUGGCUUUGAGGACCACAGCAGACGAGGGAGCUGCCCCAUGGACGAAGUCCUGGCCUCCCUGAAAAGAGGCAGUUUCCACCUGAAGAAGGUCGACCAGAGGGCCCUCCCCCCCGCUGCCCAGAAUGACGACGACUCCAACAACAUUUUAGCUCAGAUUCGCAAAGGGGUCAAACUGAGGCAAGUCCCCCCUGAAGAAAGGAAAGGCCAGGAGCAGACCACCGCCUCCAAGGACCCUCUGACCAGGAGCAUCUAUGAGGCGCUUCGACGAAUAAAGGAGGCCUCGCCGGAGUCGGACUCUGAGGAUGAUGGUCUGGGUGGGCCGGACUGGGAAAGCUAGGACUUGAGACUCAAGACACCACACAGUCACAAAUUCUACUCUGCUGUAUUUUACCGGGAUCAUGAUUUGACUCUGUAAAAUGGUGCAAGCAUGUUCCCAAUAGCACAACACAGAGUGAGGAUGAGUCGUACGAAAUCACGAAAUAUAGGUCACCCUGUUCAUUUUAUAUUCUAAUUUUCCCCACUGCUUUCAAUUAUGGUACUGUCACGUUGUAACAACGCCAUAUUUAUUUACACUUAUUCACUCACGGCUUGUAGCCGCAAAUCUUUUACGAAUCAAUACAAAAAAUGAAAAGCAAAUUCUGUCUCGACACGGUAACAAAAACGUUCAUGGGCACGAUUUGUAAAUUGGGGUCAUAUGGAUUAUAUGAAUACAAAUCCUUCUGAGAUUUAAAAUGAGAUCACAUGGCCAACCAUUGCCAUGGAACAUUAGAAUUGUCACCAUCUUUAAAAUGUUCUCGUACCUGCCAUGGGCAGGCACUGCAUGUGAAUAUCACUUUACGUAUUGGAAACAUAGCAAAGGCACACUUCUUGUCAGAUGUGAAAUCGCAGUAAAUCCUUUAGUAUGUCACACUAGAUUCACCCCCCCCCCUCCCCCUCCCAUCCUCUUCUGGCUUCAUCACCCCCAUGUUCCUCAUCCAACGAGGAUGACCAUCUGCUUAACCGCGGCAUGCUACGUGAUCGAGACAUGGAGCGUCAAUUCACGAGUCAAUGCCACGCGGAAUGAGCGGAAUGUCCUGUGUGAAGGCUUUGCAAAGAGCGUGAGGAGAUUUCUGAGCGGGAGGUUCUCCAUCCCUCGCUGGUGACUGGUGCUCACUCGCUGCUUUCCCCACACACACUUGAGUAGGCAGCCACGCUCAGUUGGAAGUCAGUUACUCACAAGCUACCCACACGCUAGGAUGUCAGCCAAUGAGUGCAGAAAUAUUCCUGACCAUGUUAUGUAACUAUUUGACUUAGAAGUGGCAGCUCUUGCAUCAUGUACUUGUGCAAAGAUCUACUACAUAUUAUGGACAAAAGUAUUGGGACACCUUCUUACACCCACAGCAUCACAAAAUGGGGGAUCCCAGCUGGAGCAGCUGAAAAGUCUUUGGAGUAAAUCUGAAACUGGAGCCAUAAGCAUCAUCCAGCAAUUCAUUUUCUUUAUCGCUUCGCCUCCUUAGAGCACAUAUAGACGAAGAAAAAAAAAUACCACUCUGCCCGCCCUAAGAUUUAUCGAUACUUAAGCAUCUGAGAGAAGGAUGGCAUGGACAGAUCAUGCGCCAAUCACAAUUGCAAGCCUAAAAAAAUAAUAAUAAUAAUGAAAUUUAGUGUCUCUCUAUUAAAGUUGUGUAGAGAUUUCAUUACCUCACCUUUAUCCUUUUGCUUUCUCAGCAUUUCGGCCAAAUGUUAACAUUUGCUGUCAACUUGAGUUGCCUGACUACACAUCCCCCAUCUGAGAUGUUAUACCUGUACAAAAACAGGAACAUUUAAAUGCUUUGACACAUUGCCCCAAAUCCUCUUUUUCUGCUGUAGUAAAAAAAAAUGAUUUAGUCUGGUUUUGUUUUAACAACCUUGUCCUGCAUUUAAAUAAACCCUUGCCAUGCAAAUA